AUGCAGUCGUGCGCGGUGAUUGGCUGUGGCCCAGCUGGAAUGGUAGCCAGCACGGUACUGCGGCAGAGCGGGUUACUUGUCACGUGCUUCGAUGUUGCCCCCGAGCCGGGAGGCAUCUGGGCUAGCAAUGCGCGCGACAUCUUCUCCAGCCGCGGGUGCGUCUCGCCGAUUUAUCCGUCUAUGCGCUGCGUACUUCCAAAGGAGUUGAUGGCUUUCAGUGACGUCCGCUUCGACUACGCCGUCGCGCAGUUUCCACACCACACGGCGGUGCAGCACUACAUGCACCGGUACGCCGCACAGAAGGGCGUGCGUGGUCUCACGCGGUUUAAUACGAAGGUGGAAUCCGCGCGCUUCGACCAGGUAGGCCGCAUGUGGAAGAUCAUAUCAGUGAACGUCGUGAACGGGGAUGUCAUGGAGUGGUCCUUCGAUAAGGUUUGCGUGUGCACCGGGCAGACGCAGGAGGUUCGCUUCCCUGCCGGGAUGCAGGAGACACUCGAGAGGUACCUCCACGAGGGCGGUGAGGUGCACCACGCCGCGCACGUGAAGGACUUCCGCGCGUUUCACGGGAAGCGCGUCGUUGUCGUUGGCAACGGCGUCUCCGCUUACGACUACUGUAUCGAGCUAAAGCGGAUGGGGGCAGAGGUCUACCACAGCAUCACUCCGCAAGCCCUCUUCUCCGCUUCAUGUGGUCCUCAGGCAGGCUUUGCGUGCUCCUCGCUCACCGCUGCGCUCUGGAAGGGUACGGCAGCAUCGAACCGGAGGCGUGGACGGACGUCAAAAGAGGUGUCGGAUGUACGGGUGGCCACCGACGCUGUCACGCGCCUCGCCGGCCUCGCAGCUCGCCUUCCGUGGCUGCGCAACGACGUGCACUUGGCGAGCGAUGUGGUGCGCAAGUGGUUGCGGUACCGCAGUACGCGACUCGAGGCCAUCCCGUCGGUGGGGCUACCGCUUGACAACGACGGGCGCGGGCUGCGCUUUGCCGCCGAUCCAUCGGCGCGGCGGAGCACAGCGGACGUCGUCGCAGUGGCGAAAGAGUGCGUCGGCCACCACGAUGUGUCGCCGCGUACGUCGUCUGCGGAGGUGUUCAUCGACGACGUGGACGCUGUUAUCUGCGCCACAGGUUACACCCGUCGAUAUCCUUUUAUGCACCCCGACGUGCGCCGCGUGCUGGAGGAGGAUCAGCCACUUCUCACCUCGUCUACUUCAUGGCCUCCAUCAAGCACCUCGAGCGACGCGGCCAGCGGACCGCCGGCUACCAGCCGCCAUGGACUGUACCUGGGCACCCUCUGGUCUGCCGAGCCGUCGUUGGCGCUGGUGGGCUAUCAAAAGGGGCUGCUGCCUCCUUUUCUGCUGUUUGAAGCACAGUCGCGCUUCAUCGCGUACGCUUUCACUCAGCGUGUACCGCUCCCCGAGGGGGCGGAGGCAAUGCGGGCGAAGGAGGAUGCGUUAGUAAUGGCAAAUCCUGCCCUGGCGGACCUCUACAGCGCGGACGGUGCGGGGUUGCACUCGGCGGUAUACUUCAACGUCCUCCAGCACGAGCUGGGGGUGAGCUCCCGCGAUACGUACACUGCCAAGGUAAUCCAGCGACAUAAGUGGUUACUGCGGUCCACGCUGGUGCGCAUCUACCACAAGUGCCGCUCCAUGGCGCCCCUCAAGCGCAAAGAGCAGCACCUGCUCUUCAGUAACAGGAUUUAG